CAACAACAACAACAACAACAACAACAACAACAACAACAACAACAACAACCACAAAAGGAAGGUUUGAAGCAGGAGGUGCAGCCGAAACAACAGACGCCAAGGCCACCAGCUGCAACCAACAGCGAACACACCACUCACACCACAGCUGCACAUCCUUCAACGGAACAGCCCACGCAAGCAACCAACAGCAUCAACACAGCGUCUCCACCACACGAACCUCAACAAGAAGCUACAAGCAAGGCGCUGCCAAGUGGCCAGCAGGAAGAAGCGGAGAAGGAGAAGAUGAAGGAGAAGACCGAGACUGAGUUAGAGAUAGAGGAGGAGAAUGAGGCAAAGGAGGAGAAGGAGGAGGACAAAACCGAGACAGAGAAGACCGAGAAGACGGAAGAGCAGCAGCCAAAACAGCAGGAGGAGAAGGAGAAGGAGAAGACACCCUCGAGCCAGGACGCGUCAAACGAAGCGCAGGCGCAACCACAAGGGGCACCCAUUACCUCGUCUUCUGCACCGUCAUGGUCUGCCUCGCCGAGAACACCGUCGCCGUCCCUGUCGCCAGCAACCUCAACAACGACGUCCAAGCCUCCAUCCACGACGAAGGACGCGGAAACGUGUGCCAAUGAGCCCGCAACGGCAAGUGAGCUCACCGAUGAGCCUCCCACCAAGCAAGCCAAGGUACAGCUGCCCUCAGCAACAACAUCACCUGCUGAAUCGCAAUGGACACCACCUGCGUCAUCAGCAUCACAACAACAACAAGCAGUGCAACACAAGGAGGCAGCACCAAAAGGGACUGCGGGGCCCGCACCAACCAUGACUCCAAAACCAGCAACAGCCAGCGUCCCCGCCGCUCAACCCAAGACAGGCACACCGGCUGCAGCCAGCGCUGCCGGCGCUCAGAAGACGUCUGGCACGAGCAAGACGAGUGCGGCCAAACCGAAAGCGGGCACAAUGUCCACGAAGAAGCGCAAAACAGCGAGCGCUGCAAAGAAGACGGCCGGUGCGCGUCGUUCAAGCGCCACCAAGAGCGGCUCGCGUGGGUCUCGGUCGUCCACCACCUCGUCAUCAUCAUCGUCGCCAUCCAAGGGCAAGCGGGCGGCCUCUGCCACUCCUGGUGGUGGUGGUGGUGGUGGUGGUGGUGCUACGAGCACAAGCAGCAGCAGCAGCAGCAAGAGCGGUAGCACGCCGAAACAGCGGCCCAAUGCGUUUGAGUCUGCCUGCAAGAACUUGCAACUGGAGAUGACAUACCUCGUCAAGAGCCUCUUCCUGGAGUACAAGGGCAUUGCAGAUGCGCUGGCGGAGGUUGAGAACAAGCCGCUGCGGCGAAAGCGCAUCACGCAGCACCACAUCAAGAACCUCAUCGUCACGUGCUUCAGCCGCAGCCGCGACAGCGUCCAGCACGCACUCAGGCCGAUUGUGAGCGGGCGGACGCGCGGUGGGGACCGUGCACAGGUUGUUCGCCUCGAGCGCCAGCUCCACCAGGCCGUUCGCGAAGGAAACCUCGACAAGGUGAAGUAUCUGAUUGAGAAGGAGCGCAUCAACCACACGGCGCUGACGCACGACGAGCAGACCCCACUCUUCAUCGCCGUCAGAAACAGACAGCACCAUAUCGCCGAAUACCUCCUCCAGCGAGGCGUGAAUCCCGACAUCAAGUCGACGGGCGACAAGCUCCCGCCCAUCUUCGAGGCCGCGCGCAUCAACGAUAUUGCCAUGAUUGAGCUGCUCAUCCGUUAUGGCGCCGACAGACACAUGACCUGCGGCGGCCUGCACCUCAAGCCAACCGCAUCAUCGUCGUCGUCCUCGGCUGCGGCUGCGGCUGCUGCUAGUGGUGGCGGAAAGGAUGCUACGGGUGGUGGUGGCGGGAGUGCACAGCCCAAGGAGCAGGGCGCUGGUGGUGGUGACGCACGCAACGCCAACGACAAGCGUGCGUCACCACCAACGGGGUCUUCAGCAACAGCAGGUGUGACCCGCGGCAGCACCAACAACACGAAUGACAGCACCAGCAACGACGACACGAACACCAGCGCGCCUGCUGCUGUUGAGGAGGAGGCGCCCACGGCGUAUUUUGCAGGGAACAUCUCCCUCGCCACCUGGUCCAUGCUCACAAACUGCCCCGGCCCAACGAAGAAGGCUGGCGAGGCGGCGCGGGAGGCAAUUGCAGAGCAGCGGAGAAAGAAGGAGGAGCAGGUCAAGCGCGAGCGCCUGAGAAAACAGAAAAAGCAUAGGCAGAAGCUCGAGUCGCUGGCAGAGGCGCGCGGUGCUGGUACCGGUGCUGACGGCGGGACCGGUGGACUGGCAAGCAGUGCUGGCGACAAGGCAGGCCACGAUGCUGCACCAACGACCGCCGCUGCCGUCACGGGUACGCCCGGUGCCAACGCGGGCAGUGGCGCUGCGAGCAGCAGCACUCGGACCGCCAGCAACAGUGGUGGUAGCAGUGGUGGUGGUGGUUGCAAAGGCGAAGCAGCAAACGGGCGAGCGGGAAGCGCCAAGCGAUCGUCUUCGUUGGCAUCAGGCAGCAACAGCAACAGCAACGGCAGCGGGCGGCGCAGCAGCACAGCGGGCGGCAGUGGUGGUGCUGGUGGCGAUGAGCCUCCCCCGAAGCAGCGCAAGACCUCCGUGUCGCAGUCGCGGGUGACGGUGGUGCCGACGAUGACGCCUGAGGACGUGACAGCUGCGCUGGAGGCGAAGAAGCAGCUCAAGGAACUCUACGAGCAGCUCAUGACAAACUCUGUGCAGAACGUCAAGGCGUUCACAUCAGCAAAGACCUCGCUCACGUUCGACGCCGGAGAGGAGUUUCUGCUUGGGUGCUCUGUCAACAAGGCGCUGAACCUGGGCACCAAGAACGUGUGGAACAAACACCGUACCAUCUUCAAGUUCUCCUGUGACAAGAAGGAGAAGCAGUACAUUCUCGCACGAUACCCGUCCUGCUGCCAGAAAUUCAUCACAGACGAGGACGACAAGGCGCCGCUGACGCUGAUUCUGCACUCUGAGAUGAAGCAGUUGGCGGAGGUGCACCCCAACUACCAGACGGACCGCUCCUACCUCAAGCGCAUCUCAGAGCUGCCCCGCCUCAAGAUUGACUACUACGUCCUCGGAUGCAUCUGGCGCAAGCAAAUCAAGACGCUGAAGCGCCGCGCAGAGCAGCUCAACGCGACCGCGGACAGGGGCGCUGGGUUGAACGGGCAUCCCAAGACCACAUCCUCAACCAUGCAGGCGACGGCGGCCACGACACCGACAGCCCGGGAAGCGCCACCACAAGGCAUGCAGCUCGCGUCGUCCAUGCCACACAGCACCGACCCAGUCAUGAGCCUCCUUGCUCAACAGCAACCGCAGCACCAGCACCAGCACCAGCACCAGCACCAACACCAGCACCAGCACCAGCACCAACAUGUAGGGCCCAUGUCGCGUGGGCAGGCGUUUGUUGUACCAUCUUCGUCGUCGUCAGCAACAGCGACAUCAUCAACCACCCCCGCGUCAAUCUACGCCCCAACACCGCCAUCUGAUGCGCCCUCAGCCGCUGCACCCGCAAUGGCCACUCAGCAGCAGCACCACCAGCAGCACCCGCAGCAGUCAGCAGCACCCGUGAGGUCGCCGUCAUCAUCAUCACUGAUGCCGUCGUCACACCAGUCGUCGACGCGCUCCCCAUACAGCAGCCGUCCGGCAGACACAACCACUGCCACAACCACAGAACAAACGCCGCAACAGCAGCAACAGCAGCAACAGCCGCAACAGCAGCAACAGCAGCAACAGCCGCAAGCUCAGGCGUUUGAUCACGUUGUGCUCAGUCACAACACGUUGAGGGCUGGGACUGGCCAGCCACAACCGCCCACACAGCACCAGCACCACCACCAGCAGCACCACCAGCACGACCAGAGCAAGCGCCAGGCCCGUGCGAGCACCGGGGAGGCGAGCGGGGCUGUGCUGCUGCUGCAGAAUGUGUUUGGACGCCAAAACGCGGCCGUUGGCGAACAGCCCAUCCCACCGACGUUUGCACCGCCACUGCAACCACCAGCGCAGGAUGCGGCUCACGUUGCAGCACCAACCGCCAGCACCACACACGACGCCGCUGCCACGGCCGGAAAUGACAACACGGACGAGCAGGCGUCAGUUCUGCGGCAGGUGCAGCCCUCAACAGCAGCAAUAGCUGCACCGGCAACAGCACCGUCCGCCCAGCAGCAGCAGCAGCAGCAGCAGCAGCAGGGAGAUGCUGUGCCUGUGGUUGCUGCUGAUGUUGCGCAGGAGACAGCAGCGCCAGUGGAGAACCCGUGGGCACCGCCAUCCACAGUCCCAACACCAGUCAACACCGCACCCAUGCAGCAACAGCAACAACAGCAACCGCAGACGCUGCCGCCGCCACCACCACCCGAGCAUGAGUCAGUGCAGGUUGAGUCGCUUGGCGAUUUGUUUGACUUGCCACCCGUAACAUAGCAGCUACCCUUAUUGUCACCCACGCCGCACGGCACUGGACAGAGCACUCUUGUACACAGCAGUGACGCGAUUCGUGCAUUGUGAUGGUUGCUGUUGGUGUUGUUGUGGUGGUUGUAUUGAAGACGUGGUGCGACACUUUGGAAGUCGCUUUUGACAUUGGCACUGAUCGACAUGACAUGAACUGAUUCGACCUUCGCUUUGAUUUGCCUUUUGCUUGACCAGCUUCUCGAUUUCUCCAGCAAUAAACACUGCACUCGUA